AUGAAUAUUACUGAGAAUUUGGGAGCACUUGUGAAAGAUGAUGGUGGUGGAGUUGUCAACGGUGUGGCAUCAGUCUCACUUUAUAGUGGGAUGGUGCCGAACCUAGGUUUUAAUAUUGCAAUGCUUUCGAUUUGGGGGGUUUUGCUAAGUUCGCAUGUAUUGUUGGUAUGGUUGAAACAAUAUUGGUUUUCUACAGCUUUUAUCUGUGCGGGUAUUUUGGAAGUUAUCGGUUAUGCUGGUAGAGUUUGGUCUCAUUUCAACGUUUUCAUGAUGGAUCCGUUCUUGAUGCAGAUGGUUUGCCUGACUAUUGCUCCCGUUUUCACAAUGGGUGGGAUUUAUUAUCAAUUGGCGAAGAUGAUCGAAGUUUAUGGACAUAGGUUUUGUCUACUGCCGUCGCCGAUGGCUUAUUCUUAUAUUUUUAUUGGUUUUGAUAUUGUUUCACUGGUGGUUCAGGCAGCUGGUGGUGGUGUGGCUGGUUCAGAUACUGCAACAGGUAAUGAGAGCGAUACAGGUGACAAUAUUUUUAUCGCAGGUUUGGCUUUACAAGUGGCUUCGAUGACCAUCUUCAUAGCUUUAAUGGGUCAUUUGUACUAUCGGGUUUUUGUUAAGACCCGUUUAGACCAUACAGGUACAAAAAAGCCAACCUUGAGUCUUUUUAAGAUCCCACAAUCAGAGAUCGAUUACCUUUACAGACAGAAAUUUAGUGAUUUGAGAAUUCAUCCCAAACGUUGGGUUUUUCACUAUUUCCCACAUGCUUUGACAUUGGCUGUUUGUACUGUGUUCGUUCGUUGUUGCUACCGUCUGGCAGAAUUGAUUACUGGUUGGAGUGGCUAUCUGAUCACGCACGAAAACUAUUUUAUCAUUCUGGAUGCUUUGAUGAUCGCAAUUGCCACAGUGUCAAUGACUGUCUUCCAUCCAGGUUUUGCAUUUGAAGGUAGACAACGUUCUAUCCCUAUCACCGCAGGUAAAGUUGAUCCAGAGACUAUUACACCUCCUGAAUCUGAUAAGGUGGAAUCUAUCUCUUCGAAUGAACCAGCAACAGAGAAGAAGAAAUGGUGGAAACCUUUCUCGAAGAAGGAUACAGAGAAAGCAGAUUCGGAUCAGUGGAAUGGCGAAGAAGCAUAA